AUGGCUACAUUCAUGGAACGGUUUGCCUUCCUUCAGAAAGUGCCAACUCUGAUGAAGGCUACAGCAGAUGAUGAGAGCCCAUGUCCCGGUUACCUUUUUCAAGAAAUUGGAAGUAUCCUUUUGCUGUCCUUGAUGAGUUCCAUUUUGAAUGCAGAAGCGUGCAAAGGCCUUAACUGUAAUACCUUUGCAGAAAUCUCCCAUGAGUCCAUGGGGAGUGAUCAGUGUUUGUUAGAGUACCUGCUAGAGAGACUUCAAGUUGAGUCCUGUCAUGUCAAGCUCAAGGUGUUGAAAAUCUUCGUUCAUCUGUGUGGCCAUGGCUCCAAACAUUUUCUCACUGAACUCAGGAGGAAUUCCACCUUCAUCCAGCAAGCCUCAGUAUACAGUGGGCCUCCUGAUCCAAUCCAUGGCAUGGCUUUGUAUCAAAAAGUAAGACAUACAGCACAAGAAGUUGCAAGGCUGCUUUUUACCGAUGCACUUUACAUAAAAAGUGGUGUGCUGCCAUUGAGCAUGGCACCCUCAGCAGUGGGAAUGGGAUCAGCAGCUUCCCACAGGACUGGCCUGCAGGGAUUUGGCUACAAUCCAGGGAAGAAGGGGGCAGGAAAUGAUUCACUUAUGGAUAAAAUCCAGAAGGCUGCAGAAGUAGUAGCCAGUGCUGUCCUUCCUCCGACAGAACAUCAGGGCAUCCGUCUCCAUGACAACAACUACCGUGCUGUCGUGGCACCCUCUGCACCAAUAGAAGUGGCUGUACCAGCAUGUGCCUACAGUCUGCCUGCACGCAAAAGUCUAAAAAGUCUGACAUUUUUAUGUAGGCAAGAUAUGACCCAGCGAUGCCCAGGGCAGGUUGGAGGUGGCUGGGAAGAGACGGACAGCGGCAACAACUCCUCUCACAACUCAUCUCAGGACAUCUCAACCACUAGCAGGACAUCCGCGGGGUGCAAUGGGAGCCAAUCAGGGGCCAGCAGAGAAAGCAGCGGAGACUUAUCGGAGCGGGUUGAAGCGUUGCAAUUGGGAGACUGCGUCCAGGAGAUGGCGCUCAUCAGCAAGCUGACUGAAGGUUCUAGAGUAUUUUUGUCCAAUGAGGAGAGCCAGUACUUUAUCAAAGAGUGUUCCACUCUCAACUGUGAGGUAGUGGUGGAGUUGCUUUCAAGCAUGCUACAGGAUCCGUCCAACACUGUUAACAUGAGAGCAUUGUGUGCCGUAGCCUGCCUCAUGACUGCAGACCUUCUCUCUCUGGAGCAAAUCUUUGGAGCGACGCAACGUCAGCUUCGUCAGCUAAGUGAAGGCCCACCGGGACCUGUGGCCAACAAAGCCACGAAGAUCCUGAGACAGUUCAAGGCCCUGAUGGGUGGAGUUCACCAUGCCGCCAAACAGGAUCCAGCCAGCAGUAGUCAUCAAGUCAACCACACAUCCAAGCAAGUGCUUACGUCAACAUACGCAGGUUCUUUAGACCCCACACUCUCUCCUCAUAAUGAUUACAUCAGUGUGGAUGAGAAACCUUCCCUUAAUGAACAGCAAUUUCUCCUGGCUCCUGUUAGGACUGAAGUUAUAUUAGCUGCUAAAAAGGAGGCGUGCGCUCAGCCUUGUGGCAAAAGACUGUCCUUGUUCAGUGGUAUGAAUCUAGUCAGCAGGGCGACGCCUCUGUGUCAGACUACAACAUCACAUAUGGACCCAGACUCACAACAGGACUCUGUAAAAGAGAACCAACCUGACAGUCCAGCUUCAGUUGUGUGUGACGGCAGUCAACAGUCGUCUGCAUUCUCGUUUCUUAACUCUUGA